GUGGCGCCAUGUUUUUGAAGGGAAUUGUUAUGUUGUUAUUGUGAGAAUGAUUGUGAGAUAAACUCUGAUAACCUCACUUGUGGUUAAACGGUUAUGUGUCUAUGCGCUUAUGUCUACAACGUGUUUGAUUGUUUUAGUGUAUUCAUUUGCGAUUUAGCUUCAUAUUUUUAGUAUUAUCUUAAUGUUGGCAUUUUAUUUUAACCUAGUUUAAUUUUACAAUACUUAUUUGAAGUUAUUUAGAUACAGUUAUUAUAUUUUUCAUUCGUUCUUUUACGUUGUGUUUUGUAAUAGUAAGUGGUAAUAAGUAGUAAUGGAUAGGAAGACGUCGAACCGUUGCUGUAUGGUGAAGGGUUGUCGAUCAAAAGCGGGGAAAAGUUUAAGUUUUUUUCGUGUUCCAAAAAAUCAAGAACGAGCAACUCAGUGGUUGGAAGCUUGUGAUCGAUUAGAUUUGCAAAGCAAAUCUGUAGAACACCUAUAUAAAAAUUUUUCAGUAUGUUCGUUGCAUUUCACAGAAAAUAUGUACAGUGGUCCAUACACAAAAAGGUUAUUGCCCACAGCAGUUCCCACCAAAUUUCAUUUCACGCAAACAGGCGGAAAACCUAUUAAUAAAAGUAGUAUUUUAUAUGAUAUUUUAGUUAAACCUACUAACUCAAAAGAAAAUAAUGUAACUACAUUAUUAGAAAAAGAGACUUUACUAGAAGCAGGAGAAUCCAGAGAUCAAUAUAUAGAAGUUCAUGAUACACAAGAACAGUUAUCAGAAGCAGUAUUCAGUCCUUUAUUGGUAGAAAUACGUUCAGAGUGCAUAGACCGCCCAAUAUUUGGUGAAGUGGAUACACAAGCGACCCAGGUUUUGCCAGUUCCAUCCACUUCUAGGUCUACAUCAGAAACCCAGACGCAAAUAAAUAAUUCUCUGUCUUCGAGAACACCGCGCAAGAAAAUAUUGAGAAUUCUUCGACAAGAAAAUUUAAAGGUGCAAACGUUGUUCCCUGAGGCUGCUGAAAAAUCGUACACGAUUGAAGAUUUCUACAAUUGUUGUGAUAAAUUUUUACCUAAAGACUUAGCAAAGUUUGUAAAAGUCCAAGCGAGAUUGUAUAAUAAUUCUUGAAAAGAGAGACGACAUUAGAUGUGUUAAGUGUACACAAUUGUGACACGUGCCACAGGGAUUCCGGUAGAGAGGAUCCAAGAAUGCAUUGUCUUUUAUUUUUUUUGCAAUUAAAUACCUUGUAAAAUAUGUUUGUGAAAGUAUAUUAAAAAUUCGCAUUAUUUUAGAAGAUAUAGCAUAUGAAACGUAUACUUCCACGCAGUAUACGUGGAACACUUCAAAAAGCGAGUUUUAGUAUGUUCUUCUUUAGUUUAUACCAUUUUUCUUUGUAAUAUAUUUUAGAGACUUUAACACAACAAAUUUGUACAAGAAAGUACAAUGAACUGACAACGUACUAUGGCUUGGCUAUCUGAAAACAUUCCGAAUCUAUAGAAGAUAUUAACAAAGAAAUUUGGGCAGUGUACUGUUAUAAAAGUUCCAUAGAUGAAAACCCACAACAUCAAAAGUAUCCCGAAGACUGAAACAGUUAAUGUGAAGUGGUGUAAAGCCGAAUUCGCAUAUUUAACAUAUUUCUCAUCAAACUCGCCGCUGGAUUUACAUGUUAUAGAGAAAUUAAGGUCCCUUUGUCAAGACUUAUCCCAUGAUGAGCUGCUCGAACGUUGCUUUAGUGCAGAAUCCAAAAAUAAUAAUAAGUUGUUAAAUCCGCCAAUUUACUCUGAAACAUUUACAUUAUAGGACAGUUACAAUUACAUAAGAUUAUGGAUCUGACGGGAAUAAAAAUUGACCAAGCAGAAUUGCAUCACAUAGCCGCAAUCAUCCCCAUUAGCCAAGCAGGAAUAUGUUCGCCUGAUUGUGUAAGAAACGCAUCACAGAGAUGAAAGAAUUUACUAACUAACUGUAAAGACUUGUAUUUCAGAGUUUCCACAACUUAAUUGGUAAUCAUGAUUCCUUAUAAUCUAUUGACUCAAAUUGCGCUCAAACUUUGUACACAUAGGUUUCGUCUGAACUAAAACCAAGUAAAAAUAUUAAUUUUUAUUAAUUCUAGAGACCUUUAUAAUGUAAAAAAGAACAUAAAUAGACGGAAUGCAAUCUUCAAGUUAGCA